AGUAACCCUACCCAAGCUGAGCUCACCAACACUGAAGAGGGUAUCUCCAAUUUCCGUGCAGGUCUACAGUUCGUUCGCAGUACAGACGAACCGGUAGACUACGUCUAGGUGAACCUUUUAAGGUUUCCUUCGUGAUUGUAGCCCUGUUCUUAUGCCAGCAACCUGUAUGUUUACCGCGAAUGCCUGAGGGAUGUUCUCUGGUAUUUAUAUACACCUUGAACGGGUAGACCACAGAAGGUAAGACGUGCGGAAUACAGCGACGACGGAUUUGGUUCGACUCCAAGGAUUCUAUGCAGUGACUGGGCAGAGAUUUUGCUACCAGAACACACCUGUUUAUGUUUCUUCAAGUUUGAAGGUACUACAAGUCGAGAGAAGCAAUUCACCUGCGGUUUUUGUCUGUAAGGAGAGAUAGAAGCAACCAGGACAAAGGUGUAACAGCUAGCCCACGGUCGCGCAGGUUUUCAACUAGCAACCACACGUGCCUUGUGAGCCGAGAGUGUUCGAGCGCACCUCAAGGUUGGACCCGCAAGUGUGUUUUGGAGGACGUGAGCAAGUUUGCCUGGUCUGUCAAAACCUCGAAAGAGUGCCUCGACCCUUCAGAAAAGUUUGUUUCUCCAAAGAUGAACGGACUCUGGAGUGGCUGCAGUUCAAACAAUGUCGAGUAGGGAACUUACGUGUUGAGCUAUAUAGUCCCACCUGUGAAACGCCCAACGACAACAAACGCAGGUUUCUAACACCUUUUCCCUUCAAGUUUCCCUCUAGGAUAUUUGUGGGGAGCAGUUUGCGGUGAGAAAGAAUUGUGUGUGUACAACAGGUGGUCCCGACAGCCAACUUGACAAAUUACUGAGGGAUUAUCGGAAGCAGACUUCCACGACCUCCUGGCGACUGUGACCAAACAUUUACGUCAGAGCGACAAAUAUCGUCUGAAAAAAAAUGGUGGCCGCAACUCGAAGUGGGUGAACUACGGCAUACUGUGCGGGUGUAAUAUAACGUUUCUCCCUACAAGAAGUAUACACUUCCGGAUAAAUUUGCGCGUAUCUCUGACGACCACACGCACUAUCAACAGCUGGAAAGCAUUUGGGGGUACUAAAGUGUGUGACAGAUUGGAGUUUUCGAGUGGCUAGGCGACAUGCGAAGAGCUUGGACACCAGCAGUGGUCGGUAGAUAAGCCAUUCGGUGAAGUGCACUCUUGUUGACCGACCGCGAUAGUGAUCCAACAUGGGCGCUCACAACGGUAAACACCACGAUACAGAGAGUACAGGGAAGACGAAUUCCAGUCUGUCCCAGUCGGAUUUGAGUACUACGAUGGACUUCACCCCGACGAUCACGAAAACCAGGAAGACUGUGUCAUUCGGGGAAGAGACAGAGAUGAUUCCACCGUACCCGCCGAGGAAGCUGUACCAACCGCGGAACGGACUGAAACCUGCCAUCUCUCACAGCCAUAAGGUGUACGCUAGCGUCCACGUCAACAGUGACGGCACCAUCCCCUACACCGACAAAAACGGCAAACUGGGAAAGGACCGCCGUCUCUCGCCCUUCGACCUUCUCUCCGACGAUCUCGUGGUGAAGAUCUUUUCGUACCUUCCCACGGACCAGUUAUGCAAAUGUGCUUGCGUGGAUCGGAGAUGGUACGACCUAUCCUGGGAGCCGCAUCUCUGGACUCACAUCGAAAUGUCCAACGAAAACUUGGACAUCGACCGCGCCUUGAGAAUUCUAACAUGGCGGCUUUCGCGGGAAACCCCCAAUGUCUGUCUCAUGCUGGAGAAGAUCAGAUUGAGCGGAUGCGAGAAACUGACCAAUAAGGGACUUCACGUGAUAGCGAAGCGGUGCCCGGAGCUAACGACGCUGGAAGUUGCCGGCUGCUACAACAUCACAAAUGAAGCGCUGUACGAAGUCGUCUCCAGGUGUCCCAACCUGCAGCACCUGGAUAUCACAGGUUGCCCGUGUAUCACCUGUAUCGCCCUCACACCCGAGGCGACCAUGCGGGCAUGUCCGCUACACGGGAAACAGAUCUCUCUCCAGUACCUGGACAUGACGGACUGUUACGGACUGGAGGACGCCGGGCUCAGAGUCAUCGCGAACAACUGCCGCGAACUCACGCGCUUCUACCUGCGGAGAUGCGUUCGGAUUACGGACGUCGGCGUUCAGUACGUAGCAAACAACUGCUCUAUGUUGAAGGAGUUCAGCGUGUCGGACUGUCGCAGGGUGACCGAUUUCGGUAUCCGGGAGUUGGCGAAGCUAGGCGCACAGCUGCGGUACCUGAGUGUCGUACAUUGCGAUCAAGUGACCGACGUCGGGAUCAAGACGCUCACGAAAUACUGCAACAAACUCAGAUACUUGAAUAUUCGCGGGUGCGAACUUGUGACGGACACCGGAGUCGAGUACCUAGCUCGGCAGUGUAACAAGCUGCGGUCGUUAGACAUCGGCAAGUGCACGCUGGUGACGGAUCGCGGGCUGGAAGUUCUCGCGCUCAACUGUCCCCUUCUGAAAAAGCUGAGCCUGAAGUCGUGUGAGAGGAUCACCGAUCGUGGUGUUCAGAUGAUCGCGGCGAACUGUACGGAUCUUCAGAUGCUGAACAUCCAGGACUGUAAGAUUUCCACAGAAGCGUACCGUUUUGUAAAGAGACACUGCAAGAGGUGCAUCAUCGAGCACACCAAUCCUGGCUUCUGUUAGAGUUUCC